UGCCUGAGCACUGGGAAUUUCAGUAGAAUGAUACAAGACUCGUAGCAUGUGAGUAGGCCACAGGGUGCCAGAGAACAUCCAGGAAGCGCUUCAGAGAACUUCAGCUUGAUGGUAUUUUUGGAGUGGCUUCACUGUCUCAGUCAUUUAUAUGACGGUGAAGAAUUGUGGUGUGAGCACAGGAUAAAGUCAUUUGAUAAUACUCCUAUGACAGCCAAGAUCGCCUUACAAGUGAAAUAUAGCUCACCAUGCAAAAUAAACCACAGCAAAGCUUGUGUUUUCUGGCCAGCUGCUGAAAAAGAAGAACUAACAAAAGCAAAGAUGUCAUCCUUUCAGAAAUUCCUCCUGCUGGUAAUAGCAGGUGUUAUCAUAACAACUUCAAUAACAGUUGCUGUGUUCAUAUUCAUCAACUUUUGUAUCAAGAAGAAAGCAGCAAAGUUCAAGAUAAGAUCAGAAUCGAAUAGUUACACAAACAGAAGCAACAUACAGAGCACACUCAAGUCCCCAGAGGCAAAAGCACCACCACUUCCUUCCAGAGAUCAGUUCCUCUCUGAGGACUCAGAUUCCCAUAAUUAUGAAGAUAUGGACACCUUGCCAGAUUGCCUGAAGGUGGAAGAAGAAACUAAAUGUCUUCAGCAAACACCUAAUUUCCACUCUCCCAACACAUGGAAAAACAGCCAAGACGAAAUAAGUACUUCAGAAGACUAUGACGACAUUGAUAAACCUGACCACGGAGCAUUUAAGAGUCAUGAGGACUUGACGUCCCUACCCGACUACGUGGACCUUGAGGAUGACACACCUGUGUUUCCCCUGCAAUCACUUCCCCUCGCUGACAAUGCCAAGUGUGAAGACAGCCAAAGUGCUUCAGACAGCUACGACGACAUAGAUCAAUUGGAAAGUGCCGGUGAGGACUAUGACGAAGUGGGAUGAAAGAGAAGUGUCCCUGCACUUUCAUAAAGAAAACCUUGAAUAAUUGAGAAUACUAAAAACUAUCAAACUUUUUAAAAAAGUCUUGCACAGAACUCUGACUUCCAUCUUACCACUCAGUUUUAAGAGAGCUUUACCAUCUAGUCUUGAUUAUUAUGAAUAAUAUUCUGCUGACAGCUUUGGUAGAAGAUAUUUAUACUGCUUUUGCUAUGGCUGUUGUACAGUCCUCUUGACACUUUUUAGGCUGUUAUCCAGUGAGCUCACUCCUGUUGCUUAAAUACAACUUCAGAUUGGUGUUUUACUGCUAUAAAUCACAUCGUUUGAAUGGGCAGUGUACAUACUAAGGCCAUUAAAUAUGAAAUGCCCUAGUAUGACACAUUAUUUAAAAUUACACUGAAAAGUCUGAAAGUGACUGAAAAAACAUCAGCACAAAACAUUGGUUUGAUUUUUGUUCUGUAUACAUGAAGAGAAACAACUUAUGUUGAAUAUGGAAAGUAGUCAUUUUACUCUAGUACUGCCAGAAUAAAAUGCCUGCCAGGAUGCAA